GCAGGUAAGUCUGAACUGUCGCUGUCGCUGUGUUAACGGUUCCUCUUCCGUUAACUUCUCGCCACCCUUGUCAAUCCCAACAAUCUGGAGCACGUCCGAGCGUCUAAUUUUCCCGGGUUCUGCGGCCUCGCUUCAACGCCGUAUUCCGUCCGACAUUUACACGUGCGGCGUUGGCGAAAACGCGUAACACCACGACGAGUGACGACGAAGCCGCGCGAGCCGAAAAUUGCAAUCCAUUCGCGUGUCCCUAUUUCAGUGGCAUUACCCGCGGCUGUCUCGAGGUGUCUCUGUCAAGAUCGAUCGACGGGAGGUGUGUCUCUAUAGGAGGGCGAGAAAUUUCUAUUGACGAGCGCCGCGACUCCGAUGACCUUGGCAAGGUCACUCUUAUCAGCGCGAGCGACUUUGACGUUAAUCUUCAAGCGGAGCAUACAAAGCAGCAUGCCGAUCCAAAGCAUCAAGGCUCGCCAGAUCUUCGACUCUCGUGGAAACCCGACCGUCGAGGUCGACCUCGUGACUGAGAAUGGACUCUUCCGUGCUGCCGUUCCCUCAGGAGCUUCCACUGGAGUACACGAGGCUCUUGAGCUCAGGGACAAUGACAAAUCGCAGUACCAUGGAAAGUCAGUCUUCAAGGCUAUUGACAACAUCAACAAGAUCAUUGCCCCUGAACUGCUGAAGGCUGGAAUCGAUGCGACUCAACAAACAGACAUUGACAAUUUUUUGUUGAAACUCGAUGGAACACCCAACAAGUCCAAGCUGGGAGCUAAUGCCAUUCUUGGCGUUUCUCUGGCUGUCUGCAAAGCUGGAGCUGCCAAGAAGGGAAUUCCCCUCUACAAGUACAUUGCUGAAUUGGCUGGAAACAACGAAAUCAUUCUGCCAACUCCAGCUUUCAAUGUCAUCAACGGUGGCUCCCAUGCUGGUAACAAGCUUGCCAUGCAAGAGUUUAUGAUUCUUCCUACUGGCGCUAAGAACUUCACUGAGGCCAUGAAAAUCGGCAGUGAAGUGUACCACCACUUGAAGAAUGGAAUCAAGAAGAAGUUUGGCCUUGAUGCCACCGCUGUUGGUGAUGAGGGUGGCUUUGCUCCUAACAUUUUGGAGAACAAGGAAGCUUUGAACCUUAUUCUGGACGCCAUCAAGGUUGCCGGAUAUGAAGGCAAAGUCAAGAUUGGUAUGGACGUCGCAGCGUCCGAGUUCCACAAGAAUGGCAAAUACGAUCUGGACUUCAAGAACGAGAAGUCCGACCCUGCGACUUACUUGGAACCCUCCGCUCUGCAAGACUUGUACCUGGGAUGGGUCAAGGACUUCCCCAUCGUCUCCAUCGAAGAUCCCUUCGACCAGGACGGCUGGGACUCGUGGGCGUCCAUCACCGCUGCCACUCCAAUCCAGAUUGUCGGUGACGAUCUUACCGUAACCAACCCGGAGAGGAUUAAGACCGCUAUUGAGAAGAAGGCUUGCAAUUGCCUGCUGCUCAAGGUCAACCAGAUUGGCAGUGUGACCGAAUCCAUCAAUGCACACAAGCUCGCCAAGAGCGCUGGCUGGGGCACGAUGGUAUCGCAUCGUUCCGGUGAAACCGAGGACACGUUCAUUGCCGAUUUGGUCGUCGGCCUGUCCACAGGCCAGAUCAAGACCGGCGCGCCUUGCCGCUCCGAGCGUUUGGCCAAGUACAACCAGAUCCUCCGUAUCGAGGAGGAGCUGGGAGCUGCCGCCAAGUUCGCCGGCGAGAAAUUCCGAAACCCCCAGGCUUAAGAACCUGGUUAGGCGCGCGAAAAGAGACGCGUCGACUCCUCUCGUCUCAUCGACGUUAUUUAUAUUCUAUAUUCUAUAUCAUUUUAGCUUAACGUGAUAUUAUUUAAAUUUCGAUAAUGUUUAUAAUUUUUGAAAAUUCUCAAAGAAGUCGACGCGAGUUAAGUAGAGCCUUGCGUUUGAAACAUAAGGAAUCUUUACAAAGCUUUAUCAUUUAUAUACAAUGGAUAUUUUACGCAAUGGUCAUUUUUGUGAUGUUAAACUGUAACGUGUUUGUGAAAAUUAAUGCAAAGGAAGCAGGUCAAAAGUAUAUUCCUAACAGCAUGAAUAAUAAAAAAUUGCAAGAAAACAAAAUAGAUCGAGUCACGAGAUUUUGUGUAGCGUCGAUACAGAUCGACUCUGUACAACCAUUGUUCUCUCCGAUAAAAAAAAAGUAAAUAAUGUAAAUAAGUUGAAAAUAAAUUAACGAAAAAAAAGGGAAAAAUA